AAGCGGCCAGCAUCAUGGCCGCAGAACGGCACUCCGAGUCUACUACGACUGCCGAUGACGGUCUCUCCCAGGCCUUUCGCAGCAGCAACGCUACAUCAGCCGAACAGAACAUUUUGGACACGCGCCGGGCAGAUGGUUCCGAAGUCCACAUCGUCACGUUUCCGCUUGGCGACCCGGAGGAUCCCCGAAAUUGGCCGCGCUGGCGGAAACGCCUUCUCAUUGGCUCUAUUGUCCUCAUAGACCUGAGUGUUAGCUGGGGAGCCUCGGGGUACUCGCCUGCUAGCACGAGUUUUUCUAAAUCUAUGGGCGUGUCUACUGAGGUGGCCACGCUGGGACUGAGUUUGUAUGUGCUGGGCCUGGCUCUUGGACCGAUGAGCUUAGCCCCUUUAUCAGAGCAUUUCGGCAGAAGUCCUAUCUACAUAAUAUCUUACGGCAUAUACCUUCUGUUCCUGAUGGGUACGGCAUUAGCUCCAAAUUUAGGAGGCUUCCUAACUCUACGUUUCUUUUCUGGACUAUUCUCGUCUGUCACAAUCGCGAAUUUCGGCGGCACAAUCGCCGAUCUAUACCAUUCGCACGACACGGGCCCAGCCAUGUCCAUCUUCCUAUGGGCGGCGACCGCUGGCUCGCCUACCGGAUACUUCCUCAUGUCCUUUGUGGCGCAGAACCGCAAGUGGAACGAUGUCAUGUGGGCACUGCUAGGGAUCUGCGGCGGCUUCUGGCUCAUCAUGACGGCAACCAUCCUCUUCGUCGGCGAGACAAGACGCAGCAUCCUGCUCGAGAAGCGCGCAAAGCGCGAAAGAGAGAGACGCCACACGGACAACAUCGACGUCCCAGACGAGAUGAAGAGGCGCGGCUGGGGCGAGCUAUUCAAAGUCGCGCUGACGAGACCGUUCCGGUUCCUGGGAACAGAGGCAAUCAUCAUCUUCGCGGCUCUGUACAACGGGUAUCUCUACGGAUUGAGUUUCCUAUUCAACACCGCGUUCUCGCUGGUAUUCGGGCCAGAAGGCCACGGCUUCAACAUCAUCGGCGUCGGCCUCGCCUUCCUAGGCAUCACAGUGGGAAUCACCUGCGGCCCCAUCACCAAUCUCUGGCAGGAAAGGUACUACAAGAAGCGCAUCGCGCAGUCCGGAGGCAAAAACAUCCCCGAAGCACGCGUGCAGCUCGGCAAGCUCGCCGCUGUGACCUUCCCAAUCUCGCUCUUCUGGUUCGCCUGGACGACCUACACCUCGAUCCACUGGAUCGUGCCCAUCAUCGCCUCGGCCCUCUGGGGCUGGUCUUUCUACACGCUGAUCCUGCUAACCUACACCUACACCGAAGACUCGUACGGCACCUUCUCAGCCAGCGCCCUCGCCGGCAUCGGCCUGAUCCGCAAUCUCGCUGGCGCCGGGUUCCCGCUGUUUGCGCGCCAGAUGUUCGUGAACGAGGGCUAUCGCUGGGCCGGCUCCAUCCUCGCUUUCUUGGCUUGCGUCCUCGUGCCGAUUCCGUUUGUGCUGGAGAGGUAUGGCCGUGCGUUGAGGGCCAGGAGUCCGUGGGCGAGGCUGCAUGCCGAUGACUUGGAUGAUGAAUAGGGUGGAGCGCGAAGGCGACAGUGAAGCCCUAUGUAUUUAUAUGCACUCAAAUCAAUCUCAGCCUAAGUGAUGAAAGUGCCUUUGCCAUCACGGGACUU